CCUCAGAGUGUUCUAUUGGUACUACUUGUAAGUGCAAAAAAUGCAAGAAGCACUUCCUUUCAUUUAUCAGAUGCUGACAAGGAUUAUCUAAUGGAAUUAGAUGAGCAACUUAGUUACAAUUUAUUUGAAUAUGCAGAUAAACUGGAGGAAAAGGCACAGCAUGUACAAAGAAUAGUUAAAGAAAUUCGACAGCCCUUGAAGGCAGCAAAGGGUAUUGAAGAGGAAUAUCUAUCGAAUCCCUUGCACAGUUUUCCACUCAUUCGGCAUUUGUAUGAGGACUGGGGCUAUUUAGAGGAGUUCAUGAAAAGGCCAGUAGGUCAAGAUCAAAAAAAUUUUCUCAAGGAAAAACUUCAAGAAUUACCCAUAUACUCGGAGGUAGUGGAAGCCACAGAGGCCAUUGCUCGCAUUCAACAUACCUAUGGUCUCACGGCAUUUGAAAUGAUUAAUGGCCACAUAGAAGGAAUACAGUUAAAUUCUACUCUCACAGCGCUGGAUUGCUUUGCUAUUGCGAAAUAUUAUUUAAAGUCUGGUAAAAUCGAUGCGGCUGCUGAUUGGCUAAAGAACACCAAACACUUGAUGAGUGAGGAUAAUGAAGAGGUUCACGAGGUCCUUGGUCUUUCCGUUCGUGAGGUGGUGAUGCUGCUGGCUCGAUGUCUGACCCAAUUGGGUCAAACUGAUGAAGCCUUCAAUCUAUUAAAGUCCCAGCCUGAUCUCGCAGAGAAGACACCUGAUCUGAUGGAUCUAUACAUGGCACAACCGAAAGGGUCUAAAAAUUUGUUUCCCACUUGGUCGAAAGCGUAUAGUGCUUGCUGUCGUUCCUCUCAUACCCCAAAUCCCACCAGACUUCUCUGCCGAUACAACUCCACCUCUACACCAUUUCUGAAAAUAGCACCUUUGAAAAUGGAGGAGAUUUCUCUGGACCCGUAUGUCGUUGUCUACCACGAUGUCCUGGCCGAACGGGCUAUCGCAGAAGUUCUACGUUUGAGCGAGACUAAAGUGGAAGCUGUGAAAGUUGUUCAGUCCCCAGGAACCAUAAGAAGGGAAAAUGUUCGAUCCGCCUUGGGAUUUUGGUUGCCAGAACUUGGUGAAGACAUCAACGGACCCAAUGGACCACUGUACAAACACAUUCAAAAUAUAGUGAGGGAUAUUACCGGAUUCGUUAUUGGGAAUGAGCAAUACUAUCAGGUUCUAAAAUAUGAAUUCGGGGGCCAUUAUUCCCCGCAUUGCGACUUUUUUAACAUGUCGCUACAAAUAACGCGAGAGGAAGGAGAUCGCAUCGCCACCGUUUUGUUUUAUCUUAAUGAUGCACCACAUGGCGGUGCUACGGUAUUCCCAGAUUUAAUGGUUAAGGUCCCGGCCCAAAAAGGAAAGGUAUUGUUUUGGCAUAAUCUUAGGGGAGAGACCCACGACUUUGAUGUCAAAACACUUCAUGGGGCCUGCCCUGUUUUCCAUGGCACCAAACUGGCCAUGGCAGGAUGGAUUUAUGAAUAUAAUCAAAUGUUUCUUAAACCUACACUUCGCCAAGGAGAUCGACCAAAUGCAUAUACAUAACAAUAAAUAAUAAUACUUCAAGUUUA